CACCACCAUAAAAGGAUGUCUGCAUAAUCUCUCGAGCAACAUGCCAAAGUAACCUACUUCAGUUGGGCAAAUACGGACUGCUCUCACACAGAGCCCCAACAAGUCACUGAGAGACUUUGAACACCCCCGAUGGAUACAAAAAUGGACAACAAUUUUACUACACCCUCUGGAGCAACUGAGGAAAGUGACUGUGACCUCUAUUCACACCACAACACAGCCAGGAUACUAAUGCCUCUACAUUACAGCAUUGUCUUCAUAAUCGGGCUUGUGGGAAACGUGCUUGCCUUGGUUGUUAUUAUUCAAAACAGGAAAAAAAUCAACUCUACCACUCUAUAUUCAACAAAUUUGGUGAUUUCUGAUAUACUUUUUACCACUGCUUUGCCUACACGGAUAGCCUACUACGCAAUGGGCUUUGACUGGAGAAUGGGCGAGGCCCUGUGUAGGGUAACGGCUGUCGUGUUUUAUAUCAAUACAUACGCAGGUGUGAACUUCAUGACCUGCUUGAGCAUUGACCGGUUCUUUGCUGUGGUACACCCUCUGCGAUACAACAAAAUGAAAAGAAUUGAACAUGCAAAAUGCAUUUGCAUAUUUGUCUGGAUCCUAGUAUUCGCUCAAACACUCCCACUACUCAUAAAACCUAUGUCAAAGCAGGAGAAAGAAAGGACUACAUGCAUGGAGUAUCCGAACUUUGAAGAAACAAAAUCUCUUCCCUGGAUUCUGCUUGGUGCAUGUUUCAUAGGAUAUGUGCUCCCUCUCCUAAUCAUUCUCAUCUGCUAUUCUCAAAUCUGUUGCAAACUCUUUAAAACUGCCAAACAAAACCCACUGACUGAGAAAUCUGGUGUAAACAAAAAGGCUCUCAACACAAUUAUUUUUAUAAUUGUUGUGUUUGUUCUCUGUUUCACACCUUACCAUGUUGCAAUUAUUCAACACAUGAUUAAGAAGCUUCGUUUUUCUGAUUUCCUGGAAUGUAGCCAAAAACAUUCAUUCCAGAUUUCUCUGCACUUUACGGUAUGUCUGAUGAACUUCAAUUGCUGCAUGGACCCUUUCAUAUAUUUCUUUGCAUGUAAAGGGUACAAGAGAAAGGUUAUGAAGAUGUUGAAGCGUCAGGUCAGCGUAUCAAUUUCCAGUGCCGUGAAGUCAGCCCCUGAAGAAAACUCACGUGAAAUGACAGAAACUCAAACAAUGAUACAUUCCAAGUCUUUAAAUGGAAAGUAAGAAAGGAAUUAACUCUUGAGUUUAUAGCAAAGUAGACUGUAUGAUGAACUUUGCUGGACAUUUCUUAUAAAGCAAAAUGACUGUUCAACUUCCAGUUAGGAUUCUUGUAAAUUCCUUUCACUGGGCAUGAACUCCUACCUCCCUAUUGGAAGUAAAUGGGUAUAUAUUGUUUUUUACAAUCAAGGAAACAACAUAAAGCAAAGUUCUAAUGUGUAAAUAAAAUACCCUACCAAAAGGAAGCCUAUUUUA